CCAGUCGCCGGACUUCACCUCCAGAAAGUGUUCUACGCGGCUAAGUGCACAUUUCCGAUUACAGCUCCCGAUCUGGUACAAUGGCAGCGACAUCGACAUCGUCCGCUUCCGAGUUGCCGACUGGCACCAAUGACACAACAAGACAGCCCAGUCCAUGGGCCAGCAAAUACAGAGGGGCCGUAGUCGAAGAUCUCGACCCAUCACCCGCUUUCUCCACCCACCCUACAUCACCGAUCGCCCAUGCCCUCACAUCAGCCCUCGAACGAGACUACACCCAUCUCACUGUCAUAGACGAACACAAGACCCUCCUCGGCUACCUUUCCGUUCCUCGACUACGUGAGCUUCUGGAACGAGGCCAAGUCCGCGAGAGCGAGCCUGUGGAGAAGGCGAUGCAGAAGUUCCAACGGCGCGGGAAAAAGUAUAAGCUUAUCACUAUGGAGACGAGGCUGGAGGAUUUGGAGGAGUUCUAUGAAGGAGGAAAUGACUUUGCUGUUGUGACAGAUCCGGGGAGGAGAUUUGUGUUGGGCGUUGCGACGAAAGACGACUUGAAGAAGUUUGCGGAGAGGAGGCCGUUUUGAGGAGGUGAAAUCAGACAUGUGAUUUGGUGCAACUUUUUAGCGUGGGCGUUGGAGGAUCGAAUUCAACAUUAGAGUGCAGGACCUCAGAUGACCUUCUGCUAAAUGAUGCAGGACUCAACGAGAGAGAAAGGACAGCACAUCACCCAGGAAUGAACCACACUUUUGCUGUCAGCCUGACCGAAGCUAGGCUGUUCCAUG